CUUGCAGUGGUAGUAGUACUAGAGAUAGAGCUAUGGAGGACCAAACAUCAUGUGCCAAAAUUUGUGUCGUCUUCAGUAGGAUGAAACCUUACGUGCUUAUGGUGGCCUUGCAGUUUGGGUCCGCAGGGAUGUACAUCAUUUCCAUGGCUACUCUCAACCAUGGUAUGAGCCGUUUCGUGCUGAUCGUUUAUCGUAAUGCUGUUGCUGCACUGGCCAUGGCACCUUUUGCUCUACUUCUUGAAAGGAAAAUAAGGCCAAAGAUCACAAUCGCUAUCUUCUUAAAGAUAAUGGCCCUGGGAUUUCUGGAGCCGAUUCUUGAUCAGAACUUAUCCUACUUGGGUAUGCAAUACACAUCAGCAUCAUUCACAUCUGCCGUUAUGAAUGCUGUUCCGGCUGUUACCUUUGUAAUGGCAGUUGUUUUCCGGUUGGAGCACAUAAAAAUUAAAGAGAGACGGAGCCAAGCUAAGAUCGUGGGCACGGUACUGACUUUUUCAGGAGCACUGCUUAUGACACUGUAUAAAGGCCCCAUCAUUGAUCUAAUAUGGUCACAUAAAACAAGUCACCAUGCCAAUAACUCUUCCACCGACACACACUGGAUAACUGGGACUUUGUUGAUCCUUGUUGGUUGUUGCGCCUGGUCUGCCUUCUACAUACUGCAAUCAAUAACAAUAAAGACGUACCCAGCCGAGCUCUCUCUUUCCACCUUGAUAUGCUUGAUGGGUGCCAUCCAAAGUGCGGCAGUAGGGCUUGUAGCAGAGCGACACCCCAGCGCCUGGGCCAUUGGCUGGGACUCUAGGCUACUUGCUCCUGUUUAUACGGGGAUUGUCAGCUCUGGAUUAACAUACUACGUGCAAGGCCUGGUGAUGAAGACAAGAGGCCCAGUGUUUGUGACAGCAUUCAACCCUCUUUGCAUGAUCAUUGUAGCUGCUCUUGGGACUCUCAUUCUAGCUGAGCAACUCCAUCUUGGAAGUAUCAUUGGAGCCAUUAUCAUCGCAAUCGGCCUUUACUCUGUGGCAUGGGGUAAAAGCAAGGACCAAUUUGGGCCAACACCAUCCACAACUGAAGAAAAGGGUGAUGCCUACGAAUUGCCCAUUUCAGCAACCGAGGGUAGCAAGUUGGUGAUUGAGGCAAAUAACUAUGGUGACCAUGCUGGAAAAUCCAAUUUUCCAGUUAAGAAAUAGCUAGUCUCCAUGUCUCCUAUCCCUCUUUAAUUAAUCUACUUCCAUCAGUAACUUUCUAGCCAUCAACAAUUGUGCGAUGAUAUAUGAUUGUAUAUAUGGGAAAUGGUGUCAUUGAGCUUGAAAGGAAUGUAGCCAUUGGCACUUUGGAAUAUUCUAGACAGAUGCCAUUAUAAAUAAAAAAACAUUAUUAAUCACCA